AUGAAGUUCUUCUACAAACUGAAUCGUCUCUCUGAAACUGCACUGAUCCUCACCAGAGGAUCAGAACAUCAUCAGAAUGGCAGAUUCUCCAUUUCUGAUGACACGAGGAAUAAAGAGUUCAGUGUGAACAUCAGUGAUGUGGGAGAAGAUGAUGGAGGAGUUUAUUCCUGUGCAGUCAGUAAUGAAGAGACUGAAGUCAUUUAUCACUCGCUCUUCACUGGAAUUCAGCUCCAAGUUACUGGUUCCUCUAUUAUCAUCUCUGUGCUGGUGUGUGUGAUCCUGCUACUGGGUGCUGGAUUAGUGCUGAUGAUCUACAAGCAGAGACGGAGCAAGUCACAAGGUUGCUUGGACACAAAUCAAAUGGAAAGACUUCCAGAAAUUCCAUGCUCUGAGAAAACUGAAGGUCCUAAAGAAUCUGUAUAUUACUCAACCAUUCCACUAUCCUCACACCUCUCUGAUUCCUUAAACACUGUGUUCGCCCCUUCAGAGUUACCCGCAAUCACCUCUGAUCCUCCUAACAAUGUGUACGCCACUGCAGAGUUACCCACAAUCCCCUCUGAUCCUCCUAACAAUGUGUACGCCACUGCAGAGUUACCCACAAUCCCCUCUGAUCCUCCUAACAAUGUGUACGCCCCUUCAGAGUUACCCACAAUCCCCUCUGAUCCUCCUAACAAUGUGUACGCCACUGCAGAGUUACCCACAAUCCCCUCUGAUCCUCCUAACAAUGUGUACGCCACUGCAGAGUUACCCACAAUCCCCUCUGAUCCUCCUAACAAUGUGUACGCCACUGUAGAGUUGCACACAAUCACCUCUGAUUCUGCAAACCCUGUGUACACCACAGUGGAUAAAAAGCGUAAAUAA